AUGGACACCAUGGACGAGGACUACGACCUGGACGGCGUGGAGCUUACGCCGAUCGAAGAGUACGACUUCGCCAAGGCCAAACAGCGAGCCUCGGUGCUAUGGCUGGUGUCGAAGGCGCACCAGAACCGGGUGCCCGAGCUGCGCGAGGUCUUCUACCGAGACCAGGCAGAGCAGGACCGGCUGCGGCCGCAGCUUGUGCAGGCACUGGCCAGUGGCGAGCUGUACUGCCUCGCGCUGGCCAACAUCUACGCCGACCCCAACUACCAUAGCCUCAGCCACCAGGGCGUUGUGCAGGCACUGCAGCGCAAGGGUGUCGACGUUGAGCCACCCGCCGACCACACCCCCCUCACCGAGACCGUGCUCGCCCAAACUGCUCCGCUGCGCAUGAGUGCCCACAUGGCCGUCAUCAAUGGCAUUAUGGAAUUGUACAUCAAGGAAGUGCUCAUACCCAUCAAAGUCUUUGAAGUGGUCAGACGGUUUUCAGCUGUCGGAUACCGGAGGAGGUUCCCGUCGACGCGGAGGAUGCGGCGCGCUCUGCUGGGCCCGGACAGCGCCUGCCGGGGCCCGCCCAUGCUUCAAGACCUGGCGGACCUGAGCGACGGUUGUGCGCUGGCCGCGCUGCUCAGCUUCUACUGCCCACAGCAUUGCCCUGGCACGACUGUGCCUGCCGGGCGACAGCUGGCUGACUCGCUCUACAACCUUCAGCUGAGCCAGCGCUUCUGCGACGCGCACCUGCGCAUGACGUGUUCGUCCUGCACGGUGGAAGAUGUGCUCUUUGUGCACCCUUCCAUCCGGCAAAACCUUCUCGCUCUCUCGCCGAUCUCAUCGGCUCGGCAUCGAGGGGAGUCCCUGCGCAAGGCACGUGCCCUGCAGAACUCCUGUAGCCACAUUCCAGAUUUGUGUCCGCCUGAUGACCACAACCAAACAAAGCACAAUGGAGCGUGGCCAGAAGGUGUGCGGAGGCUGAGCCAAGGUGCGAAGCCUGUCACUCGUGUUUCACGCUCUUCUGCCCGGGAGGAUGAAGAUUCGGACCAGCUGAGCUCGUCACCUAGGUGUCGCUCAGACGAAGACGAUGCAUUUCUAUCGAACCGGAGGCCAAGCUCCUCUCUGCGACGGCACUCAAGUGAGGCCAUGGACCCUCUUCUGCCGGCACGCUUGCGGGAGCCCAAGGAGAGAAAUAACUGUGAUGUCGCAAAGUACCUGGAGCGCGGUGAAGACGCCUCACUAGGCUCGUCACCUACGCCCCAGUCCCCCGCGCGGAGCCUGCACGAAGCAAUGCAUCGAGUGCGCGAAGCGGAGGAGCAGGGGUCUCCGGCCCACAGAGCAUCAUCCAUAAGCGGAAACCUGAGCCUUCGAAGGAGCACCUCCCGCUCAGCUGGGAUCUCCCCUUCAUCGGAGUGGGUCGCGCAGCACCCCUCGUCGGCUCGGAACACGCUUCUCCUCUGCACAGGAGUGCCUCGAAGUCUGACGUUGGCUCGCCAUUGCGGAGGAACUCUUCCAGAACGGACCUGUUCCAGCCAUCGGCACUCAGGAUGGCUCUGGGAAUCGGUUGCCUCCCGAAAAGCGGAAGACAACGCCAACCGACGGCCAGUAAGUCGUCACCGUCGACAACCACGUGGCCAGCAAGCUGCUGCAGACAGUGAGGAAAACAGGAGCACGGAGGACAGUUCAUCGCCUUUGGCAGCGCAGCUAAACAAUGUGCGAUUAAAACUCGAAGAAAGGCGGCGUAAGAUCGAACAAGAGAAGCGUCGUAUGGAAGACCGUGUCAAAAGGCAGCGACAGAAGGUCGGCAAGGCAGCUUUCUUGCAAGCUGUUGCACGCGGCGACAGCAGAGUCUCCGAAGGUGGUGGCAGCACGCACGAGUCGUCUGCCACAGCCUCAGGAGAAUUCUUCCUGCACAGUGACAAUGAUGGUGGGCAGCCUCAGAGCCUGCCCUCAUUUGCGCACGCUGCCCCCAACCUUACCUCACCGAGGUGGUGCGACCGCCGCCAUUCCAGCAACAGCCACAGCAGCAGCAGCUGCAGCAGCCACAUCAACGACGUCAGUGGGAAUACCCGAUGGCGCCCAUCAUGCCGCCACAGCAGCCAAAGAGGGCAGUGGGGCCCUCCUGUGGUCACACUUGCGGAGCAACCCAUGCGCUGGGGGGCCCCAGCUGCUGCACUGGUGGACCCGGGCUACAUGGUCUAUCCCUCAGGCCAGAACGAAUUUGCGUACCAGCCGCCUUACUACCAAAAUGGUACCGCUGCCGCCAUGCAGCAAGUGGGCUAUGCCAGUUUUUUCAAUGCCAUCUCAGCAGCAACCGCAACAGCCUCUGCAACAGCAGCAGCAGCAUCAGCAGCAACACAGCACCCACUGCCACCACCAUUCCAAGCACCUUGCACAGUUAGUACAGAGCAGGUGACUGCUGCCGCACACCACACCCGAAUCUCAAUGCCCAUCGCGGACACCGCCAGCGCCUGCCGUGGAGGAGCAGCUUGCCGAAGCCUUGAGAAUCUGUCGAUGGGCAGCCUAGCUUCACAGCCCCGAAGCGUCGAAUUCGGCAAGACGUACCGCGUUUCCAAAAGCCAACAGCCAGCAAGGAAUCAGACCAAACCAGCCGAUGAGGGCAGUGAAGCGGGCUUUUUUAUCAGCUUUGAUGACCAGCAACCCAAAAACCAAAGCCGAAGCUCCGUCCAAGAAUCGCAAAGCCGGAGUCUGGGCUCAGCAAUGGUACCCUCACGGCGGCAUCUACAGGAAGCACAAAAGGCUCUGAGAACUCAUCAAACAGCGCCCAUCAGAGAACCAAGAACCUCCCAUGGGCCAUUAGGCGUUGGUUUUGUCAUAGGGGCUGACUUGGUGAAUCCUGACCCGGAGGCGGAGACUGAGAUGCAGCGGCGCAAGGAGAUGAUGAUGCUGGUCUCACUGCGAAGGAGAGAGGAACAGGAGGCGGCCAGGGUUGCGAAGGAGCAGCGAAACGCUGUCAAGCGAAUGCAGGAGCAGUUGCGACGUGAGGAGCAGGCACGGAAACGUGAGGAGGACCGGCAGAGGCGACAGAUGAUCCUCGAGCAGUACCGGCAGCGCAAGGCCCAAGAAGAGGCUGAGAAGGACGCUGCAGUUCAUGGUGGCAGCAGCAUGAGCUUGCGUGGCGGCGAUGGCGGUGCUACGCUCACACGCAGCAGUGCCAAGCCGCGGUCUUCUUCGCGACCGCGACCCAAGUCGGUGCACCUUGGGCCAUGUUCGUUGCAGCGCGGCUCUCAUACCAGUCUUGAUGAGUGCGGGCGGCAGCGGGCAGCCAGCCCACCUCCCUCAGGAACUGAGUGGCGGACUUCAGCCAGCGACGGUGCGUCAGACACGGCCUCAACCCACUCCCUCAUGCUGCUGCCCUCGGCAAGCGAAUACGCGGGGCCCAAGCUGUUCGUCAAGCCCACGGCAAAGUCCAACCGCAGCAUUAUCAUCAAUGCCAUCAACACUGUUCUUGCGGGAGCUGUCAACUCCGAAACCAAGAGGAAGGUGUUGGAGGAGAUAAACGUGUCCGAAAGCAAGCACUUCCUUAUCCUGUUCCGAGACUCGGGCUGCCAGUUUCGUGGCCUCUACUCCUACCACCCCGAGAGAGAGGAAGUGCUGCGGCUGCAUGGCAUCGGACCGCGCAGUGUUCUGCCUUCCAUGAUGGACAUGUUUUUCAAAUACAACUCUGGCGCCAAGAGCUUCACUCAAAUUCACACGAAGCACCUAACGGUCACCAUAGAUGCCUUUACCAUCCACAAUCAUCUGUGGACUGUCAAGAAGACCUGUGUGCCUCAACGCAGGGACUUGUGACGACCGCACGUCUGAAAAGAAAAGUCCCCUUUCAGUGCAUUUGUUUUCUCAAGGAUAGACUGCUGUGCUGGGGCUUAUAACACCAGGCUAACCAAAAUGUGCGCCGAGGAGGCACGGCAGCUCUCCACACGCCGGUCACACAUUGCCGCUGGCUUAUUUUCUUUUCCCGUUUUCCGCGGCCGAGACCCGAGGUUUGCAGGUCGAACCUCAUCAGGAAGUGGUGGGGACUGUCUUCACCCGCAUUUUUUUUUUCUUUCUUCCUUCCUUCCCGGGAAUUUCGCGCACACUAAUUGUUUUUUUCGCUUGAGAUUGUACUUUGUAUAUAGCGGGCGUUGUCGUUACUCGAUCGUAUAGUUGAAGGAGAUAAGCCCAGCCGGUGAGACACAGUCGUCGAGGUUUUUCUCGUUGCCCCGUUUUGUGCGGGAGGGUUGAUCCUGCGCUCUUUCGGCCGACUAACGAAGAUGACUGGAGUCCUUGGGCAAAUUGUGUGAUAUGGCUUGCCAAAUGUAAUAUAGUCGAAGCCAACAGUUGCGCAUGUUCCUCGAAAGGCUCAUGCGGGUGCCGGUUUCUCGCUUCAUUUACCUCCAAUGAUGUCUUCGUUUUUUCUUUUUUAGGCUUUUAAAUGUUACUACAAAUAUAGAUACACUGACACACAAACACAAUCUGCACGCACGAGUUGCUCUAAUGGCAAAUGCUGCGCUGGUUACUAUUUUUUUUUUGCUGUAAUACACAAGUUGUUCGCGAACAAUAAAUGCAGCUUUCCCUUUU